AAUGAACCGACCAAAGAAAGAAAAACAAUAAUACAGAGAAAAUGGGUAAGCUCCUCCUCACCUUCUUCACCGUACUCGCCGUCGCCAUCGCCGUCGCCGUCUCCGGCGUCUCAGCCGCCGGAGAUUUCGCGAGAACGGUAGAUCGGAAACUCCUCGGCCUGAACAAGAAAGAGAAACUGACCCAUUUCAGAGUGUAUUGGCACGACAUCCUCAGUGGUCGGAACCCUACCUCCGUCAUGAUCCGACCACCUGUUUUGAACACCACCUUCUUCGGAUCCAUCAACAUGAUCGACAAUCCCCUCACUUCGGACCAGCCCCUCAACUCCACGAUAGUGGGCCGAGCACAGGGGAUGUAUGCAGCGGCGUCGCAGCAGGGAUUAGGGUUUCUGAUGGCGAUGAACUUUGCGUUCACGACGGGAAAGUACAACGGAAGUACGAUAACGAUACUUGGUCGGAACACGGCCAUGUCCGAGGUUCGAGAGAUGCCCGUGGUCGGAGGGAGCGGUCUUUUCCGGUUCGCCCGAGGUUACGUCGAGGCUCGGACCAAGUGGCUCGAUUUCAAGACCGGUGACGCCACUGUCGAGUACAGUUGUUAUGUCUUGCAUUACUAACUAUUAGUAAAUCUCUUUUGAUUAAUAAUAUUGUAAUUUCCUUUUAAUAUUAUCAUUUGAAUUAACGUAAUAAGCAUAUAUAUAUAUAUAUUUGUAUUGGUGUUUUAUGUGUC